AUGGACGGAUUGCUUCAACCGAUAUCGGUGGCCGAAAUUGUUGGCGCGUUAGGCCGGGACGGGGCUCUAGGUAUUCCAGAUCUAAAUGAACUGGUAACUAGGUAUAACAUCUUCAAUCGGGCCGAAACCACCGAUGAUUCGUUAGUGGCCGCCUUAGUUCUCACGCCCUAUAUCCAGAAGGAGAUUAAGAAGUGUGAUCAGGAAAACGAGGAAUCAUCAUCUGGAAUUUGCGGGGUCAUAUCAGGGUUACGGGCAUGA